CCCCACCCCCCCGCCUAUGGUGUUCUCUACAAAGCUAAAACCUGAUUCAAUUAUAGCUCAUAAUUACAUAUACAUAUAAAAUCUUAAAUCUUUUUGUAUAUGCUUUGAAAAAAAAACCCUAGAUCCAUUACUUAAAAAAGCUUUUUUUCUUCUUGUUGUUAAUUAAUAGGAUCUGUUAAUUAAAUUAGGGUUUUGACAACCAUGGUGGGACCUACACAGUUGCAAAUUACGCCACCGUCAUCUACGGCGGCGCCGCCGUCGUCAGUUGAAGAUGAAGCUUUAAAGAGAAACACUGAUUGUGUUUACUUUCUUGCUUCUCCUCUUACGUGCAAAAAGGGAAGCGAGUGUGAGUACCGGCAUAGUGACAUAGCUCGGCUUAAUACUCGAGAUUGCUGGUACUGGUUGAACGGAAGCUGCUUAAACCCAAAAUGCGCGUUCCGGCACCCUCCUCUUGAUGGACUUUUGGGAACUCAAGUCGCAACUCCUACAGGAUCUUCUGUACCUCCAGUGGCAUCUGUUGCACCUACCCCGAAUGUUCCAUAUGGUGGUUCUAGUAAGCAAAGUGUGCCCUGCGUAUUCUUCCAGCAAGGCUUCUGUUUAAAAGGUGAUAGGUGUCCAUUCUUCCAUGCACCUAUCUCUGUAUCUAACAAAGCUCCUCCUCCACAUCCUGUAUCUACUGAGAAAACCACUUUUAAGAAGCCAUUUGGUGGGCUUGAAAAGUGUGUGCAAGAAAAGACAUUUUUUCAAGCAAAUACUUGGAAGUCUGGUGAUUUACCCGUACAAGCCCAACCAGUUGGGAAACAGGGAACUCCUUUGUCCAAGAAUAAUGCUGCCUUUAAUGAGAACGUGCUACCACCAAAUCCUGUUGUUGAUGUUGCACAUCACAGGCCCAAACCAAAAAGUGUGCCUCCUACAAAUGGGAAUCUUGUUGGUAGGUCCAACAGAGUGCAGCAGCCUGUCAGGUUUGAUGAUCACAGAAGCAUUCAGAACAAAGAUGAUGAGAUUUCAAGGGAGGUUUCGCCUGGUUUUGAUGUUCUUGUGGAUGAUGAGCUCAGAGGUACUGCCUUUUAUCACGAGGAAGGUCAAUAUGGCAGAAAUGGGGGAAGGGAUGAGUACGAUAUUGGCCACUCUGCUGAUUAUACUUCAGUAGCAGAUGUUGACCAAGAUAUGUACCAUGAUGUCUACGGGCAUGACUCUCGCGACAGGAUUCCGGGUCGCUCUGGUAGGGGGCAGCAUAGAGAUUCUUCCGAGAGAGUACAAGGGGAAUCCGCUCAUCUUGAAAGGAGACGCUAUGGUAGAGCUCACAGCCCUGAAGAAGUUCGAGGGUCAGAUCUGAGGCAUCGUUUAUCAAAGCAAAAGAGGGUUAAUGGUUUGAGGUCAGUCGUUAGUCAUGACUAUGCAAGUGAAAAGCAUGUUGAGGAACGAGGGUACCGGAGUUCCAUGAGGGAUCGACCCGAUUUACCUUCACAUGAUAGUUCCGUUGCUAGUAGUCGUCUUCGAGGAAGAAUAAAGCUACCAAGUAGAUCACCCUCUCCAACUAAUGGGACAGACAUGCGGCUGGAUAGGGAAAGGGAUAGGUCCAGGGACCGUGGCAUGUUAUCUUUAGAAAGGCCACAACUUUUCUCUCAUCAGGGAAGGCUUCGAGAUAGAAUAAAGGGAAGGCAAGAGGAUCUCAAUGAUACUGGAAGAAAUAACAGUGGUACACGUAUAAGAAGAGAUGUAAGCGAGAAUGAUUCUAAUUUUUCUGGUCCAAGAAGCCUUGCUGAACUUAAAGGUAGGAAAACUUCUGAGACCAAUGAACAAAAUAUCGACGAGCAGCAGGCCCUAGGGAAGCGUAAGUUCCAAAAGCGUGACGGCGAUCAGCCAACAGGAGGGGACCUAUCAUUUGACGGACCAAUGCCACUGCAAGAGAUCUUGAAGAGAAAAAGAAGCAGUAAAACGGGCAUGACAUCUGAUAAGAGCAAAGACCAUCAACAUGAAAGAAAGGAAAAUAUUGACCUUGGGCAAAAGGAAGAGUCUGAUCCUCCAUCAGGUGAGAAAAAUGAUCUUCAAGAAACGAUAUCAGCUGAUGAUCAAUCUCCUGCGCACCAUGGUGAAAAUGAGUUUGAUGUUGAAGAAGGGAUGAUUAUGGAAGAAGCAGAUGAUCAAGACCCUGAAGUCCAUGAUCAGAGAGAUGUAGACUAUGAUUAUGAGCAAGUUGAUGGUGAAGAUUACAAUUUAGAUGAAGGUGAGAAUGCUGAUGCUGGGGAGGAAUACCUGGAUGAAGACGAGGAAGAUGAUGCUGAUGACUUUGCAAAGAAGAUGGGCGUUGUUUUCUCGUAAAUGAUGAGAUACAUCAAUUGCUCUAAGCUUAUGAGCUAUUCUAGGUUGGCUUGGAAUGAGCAAAUUCAACUGCUCUACUGAUUUUUAUUUUUUAGUAGAGAAAACGCUCUUUUUCUUUGUUGUAUUUAUACUCGGAGACUGGAUGGAAAAUUUUCCACCUGUUAGUGGCACUUGGCAGCUCUAUUGUAGUUUUGCCAAAAAUGGUGUUGACUGUAACAUUAGAGGGUGAAUAAGAAACAUGUUUGCCAGUA